GCUUCCCUCGGCGACUCCACCUUCGGCUUAAGGUCGCUACUUGUGUCAUCACGGCCAUAUUAGACACACACAUACGUAUACGUAUGCGAGAGGAAUGAGGACGUCCCGCGACAAAUGAGGCUCUCCUGAGGCUUUCAAGCCCGGAGGAUCGCGAGGGGACAGGACCCGCGAGGCGGCAUGGCAUGGCACUGCAACGGCACUACGAACCAAGAGAUGGUGGCGAAGCUGAAAGAGGCUGGUAUCCUAACGACGGACAGGGCAGAGGUGGCUAUGCUCACUGUCGACAGAGCCAAGUACUGUCAAGAGCCAGACCCUUAUCUCGAUCGUCCUAGGAGGAUCGGUUACAACGUGACCAUCAGCGCACCGCAUAUGCACGCGUACGCAUUGUCUAUUCUCUCCGAUCAGCUCUUUGAUGGCGCCAAGGCACUCGACGUCGGUUCAGGUUCCGGCUAUCUGUCCGCCUGCAUGGCGUACAUGAUAGGCACGCGCGGACACGUAGUAGGCAUCGAGCAUAUUCCCGAACUCAUAGAACUCUCCACCAGAAACGUGCGCGAAGACAAUCCGCACUUCCUCAAAGAGGGCCGCAUCAAAUUUGUGGUGGGAGACGGCAGAUUGGGAUACGCUGCUGACGGUCCUUACCACGCUAUACACGUUGGAGCAGCGGCCGAAACUUUACCGCAAACGUUGAUAGACCAAUUGGCUCCCGGAGGUCGACUGAUCUGCCCGGUCGUGGCCAUAGAAGGUUUCCAGAGGUUCCAAGAUCUGCUGCAAGUGGACAAGAACACGGACGGCACGAUCACGAAGAAGAAACUGAUGCAAGUCUCUUACGUUCCUCUCACGGAUCCUACUACUCAAUUACGUAAUUAGAGUCAUUAAAGGUGAGGUGUCAUGCGGCGGAAAGAAAUUUUUGAGAUCGGACGAAUGAAAGUGAUUAUCGCAUAAGAAUCUGAUUGACGAUAAUCAGAAUUUUUAUACACCAAUGAACUAAUUUUUUCACGCAUGCAUAGAUAUGGAAUACACACCAUCUUCAAUUGGGGAUAUAUCAAUAAACUAUAUAUAUUUUGUA